AUGAUUACACACGUAGCAGUGAAAAUACGUUUCACGAUAUAGCUGUUUAAACCAGCAACAAGAUCAGGUAGAAAAUACCAUCUACUGCGAACAAUGUAAAGAACGAUGAAGAUGGUGGUGGUAACUGUGAAAAAGGUAGUGGGAGCAUUAAGUGCCUUUAAUUCCGCUGCCUCGGGUCAGUCUCCACUCUCUCUCUUCGCAUAAAACGGUUUCUCAACAAAAUGUACAAGUACAGCAUAGUAUCGUGUAUCGUCUUGAUUUAUCUACUAUGCAUUACACACGGGAGAUGGAUCGGAAGAAAAAACAUAAAACAAAAAUCUCGCAACGAAUAUGAUGUCCUGAUAUUUACUCAGCGAUGGCCAUUGACAACUUGUUUCGUAUGGGAAAGUCAAUCGCGACCAAACGAAACACACAGUUGCUCGUUACCAAAGCGUAACCAGUGGACUAUUCAUGGAAUUUGGCCUACGAUAUAUAACGAAAUAGGUCCGCAGUUUUGUAACAAUUCGUUAUCAUUUAAUUCAACAGCUCUAGCACCUAUAGAAAAUGAAUUAAAACAAAACUGGCUCGAUAUACAAAAAGGAUCUAAACCUUAUUCGUUCUGGAAACACGAAUGGGAUAAACACGGCACUUGUGCAAUCUCAGUACAAGAAUUAAAUAGUGAAUUUAAAUAUUUUCAAACAGCUCUAAAAUUACUCGACAAUUACAAUAUGAUAAACAUACUUGCGAAAGCAAAUAUUUUGCCAGGCAACAGAUAUACGGUACAAAAUUAUUUAACAGGAAUUAAAAAAGUAUUAAAUAAACGGGGACAAGUAAUGUGUGUGGUUAACCAAAAAACGAAAACUUCAUAUGUGGAAGAGAUAAGGAUUUGUUUUAACAAGACACUACAAUUGGUAGACUGUGAUGGCAUAUAUAAAUUUCCUACCAACUGUAACAGAUCUCAAGAGAUAGUGUAUCCUAAUAUUGUACCACAUUACUAUGUAAAACAAACAUAACGGGCAUUACUGGCUACAUCAUUCAGCCUUCUUCUGGACGAUCACGACUGCUGAGGGUACUAGGCCUGCAAAUAAAAGUGCAAUCAGGAAAUGUCUUUAUGUGCUAAAUAUGUUAAAUAUUCACAAUGG